GCCGCCGCUCAGCCCUGUGAAGCGACGGCAGGGAGGGGGGGCCGAGCUCCCCGUCCUGCCCUGUUCUCCGCCACGGGUUCCACCGAGACCAGAACUAAUCCUGUCCUGCAGAUUUGAUCCAAAGGACAUCAGUGUUUGUGAAAAAGCUCCCACUAACUUCAAUACAUGCUGGAUCUGCGUAGACCUGACUGCUGCAAACAAGCUUGUGCUUACAUUUGGAAUGGUCACCCAGUUAAUUUGCUGAAGUACUUCCUGGAAGAAUUUUUGCAAGUGCAGUUCACUUUGUUUCAGAAAUCUCAGUCCAAUCCUUACUGCAGAGUCAGGUCUCGGAGCUGGCUGAACUUCUCCAGUCAAGAAUCCAACACAGAGUUGUAUGGUUGGACCCUGGAAAUGGGAUGUCAGUCCCGUUCAGGGAGCAUAAAGGAAGAAAGAAAAUCUCCCAGUCGCUGCUGCCGUGACAGCGAGUGAGAGCAAGAGCAGGAAAAUGUCGACAGUCACAUCAGCAAUCCAGGCUCCUCAGGGCCCUGUGAAUCCGCCGCCUCCGGAGGUCACUAAUCCUAAUAAGCCUGGCCGGAAGACCAACCAGUUGCAAUAUAUGCAAAAUGUUGUGGUAAAGACCUUGUGGAAGCAUCAGUUUGCUUGGCCUUUCUACCAACCUGUUGAUGCAAUUAAAUUGAAUUUGCCGGAUUAUCAUAAAAUAAUAAAAAACCCCAUGGACAUGGGAACGAUCAAGAAGCGCCUGGAACAUAACUAUUACUGGAGUGCCAGUGAAUGUAUGCAGGAUUUCAACACCAUGUUUACAAAUUGUUACAUUUAUAACAAGCCCACAGACGACAUCGUCCUCAUGGCCCAAGCCCUGGAGAAGAUAUUUCUGCAGAAGGUGGCCCAGAUGCCUCAGGAGGAAGUCGAAUUAUUACCCCCAGUUCCUAAAGGCAAAGGUCGCAAGCCGUCAGCGGGCACACAGGGUGCAGGAGCGCAGCAAGCAGUGGCCGUGUCUUCCGUCUCCCCGCCGGCCCCCUUCCAGAGCGUCCCUCCAGCCGUCUCCCAGACGCCCGUCAUUGCUGCCACCCCUGUGCCAACCAUCACUGCUAACGUCCCGCCUGUCACUGCCCCUCCUGCCGCUGCUCCCCCUCCGCCUGCUGCUCCGAUCAUGCCCGUGGUGCCUCCUACGCCACCCGUCGUCAAGAAAAAGGGAGUGAAGCGGAAAGCGGACACGACGACCCCGACCACCUCCGCCAUCACCGCCAGCCGCAGCGAGUCGCCCACGCCCCUCUCGGACCCCAAACAGGCCAAAAUCAUCGCUCGCCGGGAGAGCGGCGGCCGGCCCAUCAAACCACCAAAGAAAGACCUUGAAGAUGGAGAGGUCCCUCAGCACGCAGGGAAGAAGGGCAAACUCUCUGAGCACCUCAAGUACUGUGACAGCAUUCUCAAGGAGAUGCUCUCGAAGAAGCACGCAGCCUACGCGUGGCCCUUUUACAAGCCUGUUGAUGCAGAGGCCUUGGAAUUACAUGACUAUCAUGAUAUUAUCAAACACCCCAUGGAUCUCAGUACUGUUAAAAAAAAAAUGGACAGUCGGGAAUACCAGGAUGCACAAGGUUUUGCAGCAGAUAUUCGGUUAAUGUUCUCUAAUUGUUACAAGUACAAUCCUCCAGACCACGAAGUGGUAGCCAUGGCCAGGAAGCUCCAGGAUGUCUUUGAGAUGAGGUUUGCAAAAAUGCCCGAUGAGCCUGCAGAGGCCCCACCUCCACCUCCCCCAACAGCACCAGUGGUGAGCAAAAGCACAGAGAGCAGUCACAGCAGCGAGGAGAGCUCCUCCGACUCGGAUAGCUCGGACUCGGAAGAAGAGCGAGCAACACGGCUGGCAGAGCUCCAGGAGCAGCUAAAGGCCGUCCACGAGCAGCUCGCUGCGUUGUCGCAAGCGCCAGUGAACAAACCAAAGAAAAAAAAAGAGAAGAAGGAAAAAGAGAAGAAAAAGAAAGAUAAAGAGAAGGAAAAAGAAAAGCACAAAGUAAAACCUGAGGAAGACAAGAAACCCAAGGUGGCCCAACCACCAAAACAAACCCAACAGAAGAAAGCCCCAGCUAAGAAAGCAAACAGCACAACCACAGCUAACAGGCAGCCCAAGAAAGGAGGCAAACAGGCAUCUGCAACCUACGAUUCGGACGAGGAGGAGGAAGGUCUGCCCAUGACCUAUGAUGAGAAACGACAGCUCAGCUUGGACAUCAACCGCCUGCCCGGGGAGAAGCUCGGCAGGGUGGUGCACAUCAUCCAGUCCCGGGAACCUUCCCUCAGAGACUCCAAUCCCGACGAGAUAGAAAUAGAUUUUGAAACAUUGAAGCCCACAACUUUACGAGAACUGGAGAGAUACGUGAAAUCUUGUUUACAGAAAAAACAAAGGAAACCCUUUUCUGCAGGUGGAAAAAAGCAAGCAGCAAAGUCAAAAGAAGAGUUAGCUCAGGAAAAGAAGAAAGAACUAGAAAAACGGUUACAGGACGUCAGUGGGCAGCUAAACAACAACAAGAAACCUGCAAAGAAAGAGAAAUCCGGCUCCGCUCCCUCCGGAGGCCCUUCCCGCCUCAGCAGCAGCAGCUCCUCCGAGUCCGGGAGCAGCAGCUCCAGCGGCUCCAGCUCGGACAGCAGCGACUCGGAAUGACUUACGGACACUUACACACACAAAAUGGACAUCACCCUCACCGAUGCUCUGCAGUGUUCCUUUUUCUUCUUAAUAUACUGCUCUUGUUCCACGGUGGUCAGGUUUUUUUUUUUUUUCCCCUUUCUCUUUCUCUGACUUUUUUUUUUUAUUUUAUUUUUUAAUUCAGUGUUAUAAAAAGGUAUCUUCCAUUUUUUUUGGGGGUCGCUCUUUUAAUAGGUCAAAGAUCUUUGCGUGUGCGUGCGUGUGACAAGACUUUAUGACAAAACAGUUCCCUUUGCAUAAAGUCUCUAAAAUACAUUUUAACUGAAGAAGAUUGGUUGAAAAUGGAAGAACUUCGAACUCUUAGCAGGAGAUAAAUAGAAAGUUCUGCAAGGUUUGUAGUACGUUUCCCUCCCACCCCUUCCCUCUCCCCAAAAUGUUCUCUUUUAAUAAGCCUGCCUGGCUCACACAAGGUAAAAAAAAAUAAUCUUUUUUUAAAGAAAACUCUGUAAAAUGGUACUGUAUCUGAAAGAUGUUAGCUUUUGAACUAGUUGGUGUAUUUGUUAUUAGCACUAGUAUUCUUAAUCUCGAAGUCUACAGUGUGAUGAAAAUGCCAGAUGCUAUCAUCUUUUUACAUAAAAACAAAAAAAAACCCAAAAAAAUUCUCAUGUACUGUGGAUUGCUAACAUGCUUUUUUUUUUUAAAUCUUGGUAGAGGCAUAGGCACCUGUUCAGGAAGGUAUUUAAGCAUGAACUUAACUUUAGGCACAUGAGCAAUAGAAGUGGUUGCAUUUCUUGUUUUUCCACUCAAAAUUUUUCAUUUUUCUCGGGGGACGCAUUGGGAAGGCGGGAGCAAGGGACACUCAAGUUUCUUGGGAAUGUUAUUUUUUAACAUCAAAUAGAUAAUUUCCAGGAAAUUGACGCUCUCUAUGAAAUUUUUUUCAUUUAAUUGAAAACCAGUUUUUUGGCUGGAAGUUCUCAGCCGGGCCUGGGAGUGAUCCCUGCAGAGUGACCAAGGCAUGUCAUGUGCUGGUUAUUAGACACUUGCUUAAGUGCUUUCUCCAUGACAAGCACCUCUGUCUGGGCUUAAAAUAAAGGAGCACUCGAGCUCCAGCUGAGGCUGAGCUGGCAGCGGAUCUGGGGAGGGAUGUUGUGUGUGU